AUGGCGCCUCACAAGGGGCAGCCGGCUAUUGUUUGCAGGCAAUUAAACCUACCGCCGACACCAGGACGAUCUUCACCCGCUUAUGGCAAACGCCAUAACGACUUCACAGAACUUGGGAAACAUGGGUAUGAGACUGCCUCUGCGAGCCUUCCGCUGACAGCAAGGGAUGAGCUAUCGGAGCUGGUUAAGUCCCGGUUAGAUUGGUCGCCAUUUCCCAUCGCGCAUAUUAUAAUACUUAAAAUUAAGGCAUAA